AUGGGAGACAUUCAAAAGGCCCUACCAGAGCUGAAACAAAUCAAAGUCCCUCGUUGCACUCUAAUAGAAUCAAUUAAAGAAAUUGAGCUCCACUGUUUUGCUGAUGCUUCAAAGUUUGGAUAUGGUGGAGUAAUUUACUUGAGCUGUGUCUCUAAAAUUGGCGAAGUUAAAGUGACUUUACUUUGCAGCAAAUCUCGAAUAUCGCCUAUCAAAGCAAUAACAAUUCCUCGUCUGGAGUUGUGUGCAGCAGAGCUCCUUUCCAAACUUGUGUGCAAGGUAAUAACAUCUUUGAGUUUAUAUGUUGACAAAGUUAUUCUGUACGCAGACUCAACAAUUGUAUUAGCCUGGAUUGCUACAUCUCCUUCAUCUUCUAAAAGUGUUUGUGUCAAAUAA